AUGUUGUUGGAUCGCAUUCUCGACUUCAAAGAAUCCUCUGGAUUCAUAAUCAUAGAGGACACGAUCUUACAGUCGGGUCGCCUAUUGUUGAGAGAAUUUGUCAAGAGGGCAACUAAAAAUGACAAACGCAAUGUGAUAUUUCUCUGCAUCGAGUCGUCUCCUCAAAGUAUUCUCGAAAGCGCGUCAAUCCCCAAAAAAAUCGUGAUUCUUGACGCGUACACUCGGUUAGGAGCGUAUGAGAAUAAUGAUGAAUCGGUCAGUCCCAAUGUACACGUCAUAAAAAACUUGGACGACAUUUCCGAGAUUGCUGCACUUAUUCAAGAGCACAUCGGCAAAGGCAUUGCUCUCGUACACCAGUAUGCAACCACGACAAUAACCGUCAAAAAUAUUGAACAAAGUAACAAACAUUCGAUUCGAGGAUACUCUGAAGAAUCCGAAAAAUUGGUGAAUUCGUGGAUGAACUCUCUUGAUCGUGGAAUGUGCGCAAUAGAACACAGAAAGAGAUCUGGAAAGGUCCUUUACGAGACAAACAUAUAUCACACGGACGAAUCCACUGCCGAGCUGGUAAUUCAACAUGAAAAGAAUGAGCUUGUGAACAAGGAUGUCGACAUACCAGAUCCCACAACAGCCAAUUUACUAUUCAAUCUAACACUGACGAAAGAACAGAAAAAGGCGAAAGACGAAGUCAUAUUACCACACGUUAAGAUUCAAGGUGAGAAUGCAUGA